AUGACCAGCAGAACAACCUUACUGCCUCCUACGGAAAAUUUCACAACUCCAGAAAACCAUGAAUUUGAUAGCGUUGUCAGCAAUGACUUCUCCACGGCCUUGGGCGCCCUCAUCCUCGGCCUGGUUUUCCUCCUGGGUGUCCCUGGCAACAUGUUCAUCAUAUGGAGCAUCCUGGCACGGGCCAAACGAUACUCCAUCACCACCAUGCUCAUCCUCAACCUGGCGUGUGCCGACGGCUUCAUCAUGGCCCUCACCAUCUUCUUCAUCAUCUACCUGGCCAAGCAGCAGUGGGUCUUCGGUGACCCCAUGUGUAAAAUCCUGUUCUACCUUUGCAAUGCCAACAUGUACGCCUCCAUCUUCCUGAUCAUGCUGAUGAGCGUGCACCGGCUGGUGGCCGUGGUGUUUCCGAUGAAAGUGACCUUUCUGUUCAGGAAGAAGAUCGUGCUGAGGGUGCUCAUUUGCAUGUGGGUGCUGGUGAUGGUCAUUUCAGUCCCCUCCUUGGUGUUUCGAGAUAUUCGAGAAGACAAAGACGAGAUGAAUAAAACAAGACUGGUGUGUGCGCCCCAACACGACCUUCCUCGGCAUGUGAGGUUUCAGUACGCCUUUGAGACCGUGGCAGGAUUCAUACUCCCUUACGCAGUCAUCAUCACCAGCUACGUCCUCAUCCUCAGACGCUUGAGGCAAACCAAGUUCCGCCGUAACGUCCGCAGCGAGAAGUUCAUCCUGGCUAUUGUGGUGAUGUUUGGCCUUUUCUGGCUGCCGUACCACGUUAUCAACAUGAUACAGGUGGCGGCUGAGUGGUACGAUGAGAACUCAUCAACAAGAGAAGUAUUGGAUCAUAUCGCUAAAUCCAGUCGUGCGGUGACGUCGGCUCUGGCCUUCAUCAGCAGCUGUGCCAAUCCUGUCCUCUACACCUUCGCUGCAAAGUCUUAUAUUAGACAGAAUGGCUUCGCCUUCAUGGCUCGACUCUUCGAAGGCAUUUCACAAGACCAAGAUAAGAAGAGUCGGUUCACAGGAAAACACACAAUGGGAACCAGUAACGCUGAUUCCAAUUCGGCAAAUUGUGCCGCACAAAAUGGGGCGUCGAAUGAACUUUGA